AGAGUUAGUGCGAGCGUUCACGCUCCAUCCCACACUUUCGAUAGACAUCAUGAUUUCCAAACCCCAAGCUUUCACGGGUACACCGGGUUUUUCGAUCGCAAGACCCUCUGAUGCCGAAUUUCGCCGCCUUCACAAUGCAAGGCAUGAGGACAUUGCCCAAGCUUUGGACAUGGCUCCUGACGAUUUCUUGGACUUCAAGAGACGAGUGCGCCAAGAAAUGAAUGUAUCGCUCGACUACUCAAAGAAAUUCGACGAACAAGAUCCUUCAGCGUGGCAAAGAUUUAUACAAUGGUCUUAUGAUGCCAUGCCCUCCCUGAUGUCGAAAUACGAAGAUGCUUGGCCAGUCGAGUUAUACGUCAGGAUCACCAUCAGUAAGCGUAUCGCACAAGAGCGCUUCAAUUUCCGAAAGGCGAUGGCAAAGUAUAAACGGACGAUGGUAUUGAGGUCUUCUUCUUCGGCAAAAGGUGAAUCGGAGAUGUCACCAGCCGACCCGCCGCCGCCCUACGACCACGAAGAUCUAGCCACGGGCAGCGAGACUCCUGGUGCGCAGAUGCAUCCGGACGCUGCUCCCGACAACAUCAAGACAUUUUUACAAUCCUGUGACUUUGAUCUCGGGCAUCUCACUAGUAUUUUCGUCACCCGACGAGCAGGUCUUUUCAAUUUGGAAAGGCUGGAACUUGUUGCGUCGUGGCCUGCCGCCCUGAGGCGCGACCACUUGGAGAGACACUUUGGCACUAUGCUCGAUGACGUCGAGAUAGAAGUGUUGAACAAGCGGUUCAUCGAGAUGAGCCAUGCGCAAAUUUGACUUUGGGUCAUGUGGGCAUUGUGAUGUAAAUUAGGCUGAUUACUGAACCUCGUCAUCGUGCAAUCGAAGUUGCUAGAGUUCACAGCUAUAGGGAGGCUAAUAGAAUCUGAAAAAUCUAUUACUGAGCCUUACGACACAUGAUCCACCAUUCAAUGGGAUGAUAUGACAACUCCGUUUCAGACUCUGGCCCAUAAUGGUUGUCGCUGCCACUUGGCAGCCACGACGACUGGCCGUCCGUAGCUCUGUCACCAACCCCCGAAAGGACACUUGUGG